AGGGGAGGGGAGGGUAAAUAGUGGGCCCGGCUGGAAGAUGGCGGCGGUCGCGGAGGUGUGAGGUGACCGGGGUCUCUGCCGCGGGCUCUUCUCUUCCCGUCGUCCUCCCCUCUUCUCGGCCCCGGCCGAGGAGGUGGGCACCGCGGGGGCCGGGUUCGGGCGGCGGCGCCCGGCGCAGCGCGGGGGUCACGGCGACGGCGGCCGACGGCUGGAAGGGCAGACUUCCCUCGCCGCUCGUCCUCCUUCCCCGGUCCGCUCGGGGUCAGGCGCGGCGGCGGCGGCGGCGGGGCGGCGGCGGCGGCGGCGGCGGCGCUUCGUCCCGGCUCCUGCUCCCCCGCGCCCCGGAGCAGGCACGCUGCUUCUUCUCCUCGCCAUCCCCCGACCCUCCACCCCAGGGACCGCGCGCCGCCUCCGGCGCGCCUCACCGAGCGGGGCUCGCUCUCCCGCUCGCCUGUCGUGCCUCCAUGUCGGAUAACCAGAGCUGGAACUCGUCGGGCUCGGAGGAGGACCCGGAGACGGAGUCCGGGCCGCCGGUGGAGCGCUGCGGGGUCCUCAGCAAGUGGACAAACUACAUUCAUGGAUGGCAGGAUCGUUGGGUAGUUCUGAAAAACAAUACUUUGAGUUACUACAAAUCUGAAGAUGAGACAGAAUAUGGCUGCAGGGGGUCCAUCUGUCUUAGCAAGGCUGUGAUCACGCCUCAUGAUUUUGAUGAAUGUCGAUUUGAUAUUAGUGUGAAUGAUAGUGUUUGGUAUCUUCGAGCUCAGGAUCCAGAUCACAGACAGCAGUGGAUAGAUGCCAUUGAACAGCACAAGACUGAAUCAGGAUAUGGAUCAGAAUCCAGCUUGCGUCGACAUGGCUCAAUGGUGUCACUGGUAUCUGGAGCAAGUGGCUAUUCUGCUACAUCCACAUCUUCAUUUAAGAAAGGCCACAGUUUACGUGAAAAAUUGGCUGAAAUGGAAACCUUUAGAGACAUCCUAUGUAGACAAGUUGAUACUCUCCAGAAGUACUUUGAUGCCUGUGCUGAUGCUGUCUCCAAGGAUGAACUUCAAAGAGAUAAAGUGGUGGAAGAUGACGAAGAUGACUUUCCUACAACACGCUCUGAUGGAGACUUCUUACCCAGUACCAAUGGCAAUAAAGAAAAGUUAUUUCCACAUGUAACACCAAAAGGAAUUAAUGGUAUAGACUUUAAAGGGGAAGCUAUAACUUUUAAAGCAACUACUGCUGGAAUUCUUGCUACACUUUCUCAUUGUAUUGAGUUAAUGGUAAAACGUGAGGACAGCUGGCAAAAGAGAUUGGAUAAGGAAGGUGAGAAGAAAAGAAGAGUAGAGGAAGCAUACAACAAUGCAAUGGCAGAACUGAAGAAGAAAUCCCACUUUGGUGGACCAGAUUAUGAAGAAGGCCCAAACAGCCUGAUUAAUGAGGAAGAGUUCUUUGAUGCUGUUGAAGCUGCUCUUGACAGGCAAGAUAAAAUAGAAGAACAGUCACAGAGUGAAAAGGUCAGGUUACAUUGGCCUACAGCUCUGCCAUCUGGAGAUGCCUUUUCUUCUGUGGGGACACAUAGAUUUGUCCAAAAGCCCUAUAGUCGCUCUUCCUCCAUGUCUUCCAUUGAUCUAGUCAGUGCCUCUGACGAUGUACACAGAUUCAGCUCCCAGGUUGAAGAAAUGGUGCAGAAUCACAUGACGUAUUCCUUGCAGGAUGUAGGCGGAGAUGCCAACUGGCAGUUGGUUGUAGAAGAAGGAGAAAUGAAGGUAUACAGAAGAGAAGUAGAAGAAAACGGGAUUGUUCUGGAUCCUUUGAAAGCUACCCAUUCAGUUAAAGGUGUUACAGGACAUGAAGUCUGUAAUUACUUUUGGAAUGUCGAUGUUCGCAAUGACUGGGAAACAACCAUAGAAAACUUCCAUGUGGUGGAAACAUUAGCUGAUAAUGCCAUCAUCGUUUAUCAAACACACAAGAGAGUAUGGCCUGCUUCUCAGAGAGAUGUGUUAUAUCUUUCUGCUAUUAGAAAGAUCGCAGCCAAGACUGAAAAUGAUCCUGAAACUUGGAUAGUUUGUAAUUUUUCUGUGGAUCAUGAUAGUGCUCCUCUGAACAAUCGAUGUGUACGUGCCAAAAUAAACAUUGCUAUGAUUUGUCAAACCUUGGUAAGCCCACCAGAGGGAAACCAGGAGAUAAGCAGGGACAAUAUUCUAUGCAAGAUUACAUAUGUAGCUAAUGUGAACCCCGGAGGAUGGGCACCAGCCUCAGUGUUAAGGGCAGUGGCAAAGCGAGAGUAUCCAAAAUUUCUCAAGCGGUUUACUUCUUUUGUCCAAGAGAAAACUACAGGAAAACCUAUUUUGUUUUAGUAUUAAGAGUGACUGGAACAAGGCUGUGUGACAUUCCAUGUUGGAGAAGAAAAGAGAAAACGGAAUGCUCUAAGCUGGAACAUAGGAUCUACAGCCUUGUCUGCAGCUCCAGACCUUGGCUUUGUGUACAAAAAAAAAAGAAGAAAUAUUGCAACGGUAAAGCUGAACAUCUAAUGCUAGCUGUCUCCUGCUAGAGCUUCUCGCUCGGCAUAUAACUAUAAAUACAUGUAAUUUUACAUGUAUAUGGCUCUAUUUUUAUUUGCUUGUUCCUAGAAGAGAAAAAAAAAAUCAACUUUGAAUCACAACUAGAAAUCGAUGCUUUAAUUUUGGGGAACUUUUUCAGAGUUUUUAAUUUACCGUGGUCCAGCCUAAGAUCCUCAGUUGCAUCAGAUUGUGUGCAUAAAAGAAGAGCACAACAAUUGUGCCAUCUGUGCGCCAGUAUCCACAUGGGAUUCGUUCUUCAGGCCUGUAGUCAAAUCUGUGUCCAAAUCUUGUGACCUUUUUGCUUUGUAUAAUCAUAGAAUUCAUUGCUGCUGAUUUCUGUAAUGGUUCACUUGGUCCUGUAAGUGUGUCUUAAUAACUGAGGGUUGUCAAUAACCUGUGUGUGCUUGCCUUCUCUGUAGUCUUACUCCCAUGAAGAACUUCGGUUCUGAUGGAGAAAGAGGAAAAAAGCUUUAUCUCCCAUAUACCUUUAUAUUUAUAUUAUACUUUUUAGUUGUAUACUAUAUGCUACAGGUUUUUUUCAGUUUGGUUACAAACUCAGUUUGGUAAUUCCUAAAUUGCCUCUGCCUGCCUCCAGACAGAAACUCGUACAAAUUCAUAGGCAUGGACGACUUUCUGGUAAAAUGAUCAAGAUAAAAUGAGUUCAUACUUUCCUGAAAUUUGUAAGAGAAUAUACGAUAUAACUUGGUAAAGCAAAUCAGACUGUUUGACAUUUGAUUCGAUACUUCUAGAAUUUUGUAACACCUAGGCUUGCUAGUUUUUCGUAGUUGGGGCCAGUUUAAGAGAUGGGUUCCAGGUAGAUAUUGAAGAUCUGAGUGGUGUUCCCAUUAGCCUUGAUCAGAAACUUGAGCAGAGCAGCAAAAGAUGCCACACAGUUCACACUGAUAGUCCUUUCUUUAGUUGCUGUAAGAAUAUAACAUGUAAAAUAUCCUUUUUAGUUGUGAAGCAUGGAGUUGAGGCAAAGGAUGGUACUUAAUGAAAUCUAAUGACUGCCUACUUCAAAACCCUCAUGGUGUUUACACACAAAUGUAUUUGUAUAAAUCAGGCAUUUUGUAGAGGCUUUGCUGACUUGUUCUUCUCUUUAGAAACAGAAAUGAGACCCAUUUUGUAAAGCAGAAAGUCAUGUCACAUAAAACACAUCCUGUAUAUAGUCUAUAUGUGGUAAUGGAGUCUUAAUGAUAAAUGCAAGGCGAUAAUUUCAUGAUGGGAUUAGUCCGAUCACUUUAUAUGCACAAUCCUGGAAGUGAAUUACUUGCAUCAAAUAGAGUGUAUUUAUUAUUCUGUACAGAGAGAAAAAUACCAUAUAAAACAUGCUUACAUGACAUGCACGCAGUUUCAUGCUCCAUGGAUCUUUCUAUUUUUUAAUUUACCUUUCCCUAAAUGAUGUGCAUGGAAUAAUAUGCCUUAUUACAAAAAAAAAAUGCUGUUCAUAAUUUGAUUCCGUGGAAAAGUGCCUAUAUGGUAGUAAUGUUAGAAAGGCAAAUCAGAAUAUCAACAGUCACUACAUCACCAGUUCACAUUUUAUAGUGUGACUUCAAAAGAAAAGUUUAUACCUCAAAUAUGUAUUUUAUUUUACAAUCAGCUAGGAUGGAAAAAUGGGAGGGCUUGGGGGGUGGGGAGGGAGAUUGAUUCACAUAGGCACUGAUGAGAGUUGAGAGAAAUUCUCAAUGCCCACUAUUAAAAAUGUUUGCCAUGGGGCUGGGCAUGUGGCCUAGUGGUAGAGCGCUUGCCUAACAUGCAUGAAGCCCUGGCUUCAAUUCCUCAGCACCACAUACACAGAAAAAGUCAAAGUGGCGCUGUGGCUCAAGUGGUAGAGCAAAAGGAA